AUGAGCUCACAAUUGGCGCAGCUCUCCACCGCCGCUACUCAAAUCCCCAAUUCGCCAUUUUCGUCUAACCAUCGCCAUUUUCUAUCCCAGAGAACUUACAUUCCGGCUAAUGUCUACGAGCACCCGGCGGCUCUCCUCCUCGAGAGAUGCUCUUCUCUGAAGCACCUCCGUCACAUUCUGCCUCUCGUCGUCAAGAAUGGUCUUUACCACGAGCAUCUUUUCCAGACGAAGCUUGUCAGCUUGUUUUGCCGCUACGGCAGUGUCGUCGAGGCUGCUCGUGUUUUCGACCCGAUUGAUGAUAAGCUCGAUGUUCUCUACCACACUAUGCUCAAAGGAUACGCUAAAGUUUCCGAUUUGGAGAAAGCUGUGAAUUUUUUUGUUCGAAUGAGGUAUGACGAUGUUGAGCCACUUGUAUACAACUUCAGUUAUCUACUGAAACUUUGCGGAGACGAGUCGGAUCUUAGGAUGGGGAAGGAGAUUCAUGGGUUGUUGGUGAAAAGUGGGUUCUCCUCGGAUUUGUUUGUCAUGACUGGCCUUGAGAAUAUGUAUGCAAAGUGUAGGCAGGUACACGAGGCACGCAAGGUGUUCGAUAGAAUGCCUGAGAGAGACUUGGUUUCCUGGAAUACAAUGGUUUCUGGGUUUUCGCAGAAUGGUUUGCCGAGAAUGGCUUUAGAGAUGGUUACUCGAAUGUGCGAGGAGAAUCUGAAGCCUAGUUUCAUCACUAUUGUCUCUGUUUUGCCUGCUGUCUCUGCUUUGGGUUUGGUGAGUAUUGGCAAGGAGAUUCAUGGGUAUGCCAUGCGUGCUGGAUUUGAUUCUCUUGUCAAUGUAUCCACUGCGUUGGUUGAUAUGUACGCGAAAUGUGUAUAUCUGAAAACUGCUCGUGAGCUCUUUGAUGGGAUGGUAGAAAGAAAUGUUGUCUCAUGGAACUCAAUGAUUGACGCCUAUGUGCAGAAUGAGAAUCCUAAAGAGGCGAUGGUGAUGUUUCAGAAGAUGUUGGACGAAGGAGUGAAACCUAGUGAUGUAUCCGUCAUGUGUGCUUUGCAUGCUUGUGCUGACUUAGGGGACCUUGAGAGAGGAAGAUUCGUUCAUAAGCUAUCGGUUGAGUUGGGUCUUGAUAGAAAUGUUUCAGUGGUGAACUCUUUGAUCUCCAUGUAUUGCAAGUGCAAGGACGUUGAUACUGCAGCUUCUAUGUUUGGGAAAUUGCAGAGCAGAACUCUUGUAUCUUGGAACGCGAUGGUAUUAGGAUUUGCACAGAACGGUCGUCCUAUCGAAGCGUUGGAUUACUUCAGCCAGAUGCGUGCUUGGGGAGUGAGGCCAGAUACGUUUACUUACGUGAGUGUGAUAACUGCGCUUGCGGAGUUGUCAGUCACACAUCAUGCCAAGUGGAUACAUGGGGUUGUCAUGCGUAAUUGUCUGGACAAAAACGUGUUCGUCACGACGGCUUUAGUCGACAUGUAUGCGAAAUGUGGAGCUAUUAGGACUGCAAGAAAGAUUUUCGACGUGAUGAGUGAGCGUCACGUGACGACAUGGAACGCGAUGAUAGAUGGAUACGGGACACAUGGGAAUGGGAAAUCUGCUGUGGAGUUGUUUGGAGAAAUGCGAGAAGGCAGCAUCAAACCAAAUGGUGUCACGUUUCUUUCUGUUAUCUCUGCUUGCAGCCACUCUGGUUUGGUGGAGGAAGGACUCAAGUGUUUCCAUAUGAUGAAGGAAAGUUACAGUAUAGAACCGUCAAUGGACCACUAUGGAGCCAUGGUUGAUCUUCUAGGUCGAGCUGGACAGUUGGAUGAAGCAUGGGACUUUAUUAUGCAGAUGCCUGUUAAGCCAGCUGUCAAUGUGUAUGGUGCAAUGUUAGGUGCUUGCCAGAUUCAUAAAAAUGUGGAUUUCGCUGAGAAAGCAGCAGAGAGAUUGUUUGAGUUGAAUCCGGAUGAUGGUGGGUAUCAUGUUCUGCUUGCAAACAUAUAUCGCGCAGCUUCGAUGUGGGAGAAAGUGGGACAAGUGAGAGUUUCAAUGUUGAGACAGGGUCUGCGCAAAACUCCUGGUUGCAGUAUGGUAGAGGUAAAGAACGAGGUGCAUAGCUUCUUCUCCGGAAGCACAGCUCAUCCUAAUUCCAGGAAGAUUUAUGCUUUUCUUGAGAAGCUGAUGGGGAAAAUCAAGGAAGCUGGUUAUGUUCCUGACACGAAUUUAAUCCUCGGUGUGGAAGAUGAUGUAAAGGAGCAGUUGUUGAGUAGCCACAGCGAGAAGCUGGCUAUCUCUUUUGGACUCUUGAAUACAACAGCUGGUACAACUAUUCAUGUUAGAAAGAACCUGCGGGUUUGUGCUGAUUGUCACAACGCUACAAAGUACAUUUCUCUUGUGACUGGACGGGAGAUAAUUGUUCGGGACAUGCAACGGUUUCACCAUUUCAAAAACGGUUCCUGCUCAUGCGGAGAUUACUGGUGA